AUGACCAAUGUACUUAGGCUCGCCUUCUUGGGGGUCGAUAAGGUGGCUGUAGCUUUGGCUUCUCUCGCCAGCGGUACCAGCAAAGAGAAGAAGAAAGACAUGAAAGAUGGUUCAAUGGUUAUUCUAAAAGCUGCUGCUACUGCAGUUGUAGUGGUGGUGGUUGACAUUAACAUGAAGAUUCCUUACUGUGAAGUUGGAAGCAAGAUGACCAAUAUACUUGGGGCCUUCUUCGGCAUCGUCAUUGGGUCGUUGCGGGGACUGUAG